GACGUAAGCACGGUUCAUCCACACCACCGAAGAAGGACUUCCGGUUAGAGUGGCAGUGGCGCCCAAAUUGAACAGUUUUCUCGUCCGCUACGUUGGCGGAAGCCGUAAAAGCACCUCCUUUGUAUUUAUGCAGCUAUUAACAGACACUUAAUUUAAGCCCGGAAAUGGAUCCUACGUCGCAGUUUUUUGCAAAGUUGAAGAAGUUGGCCGUGGCCCUCGAAACGGAGACGGCCCGACUCCAGCGCUCCUUUGACGGCCGCCGUGACAGGGACGACGACGACGACGACGACGAAGUUCCAGAAGCAGCAGCGAGAGGCCAACGAGCUUAUCACGACUUGAACUGUGAUGUGCUGGGUUUGAAGGGCCAGAUGCAAGAGGCGCUUACCAAGCAGAAAACACACAGGAGGGAGGUGAACACUUUCAUCCAUGCCUGCAGGGCCGUGCAGCACAAGGUCGCUGAGGAUAUCCAGACACUGAAGGGACACUUUGAAAAAUAUGGCUACCUAGAUCCUGCCGACGCACGCAGAGCGAGCAGUGGAGAAAUGGAGGAGCGAGACGAAGAGUCGGGUCCAACGGAGCCUGCGGCUGAAGACGGCGACCACGAGGAGGAAGAAACUAGCGGUCCGCCAUCUUCUCCUCAGAUAGCCGCGCCACCCACCUUCACCGACGUGAUGCAAACGCCCCGUCUCUCCGACUUUGGCCUGUCUGAGCUGCAGCUGAGGAGGAACCUGGCGAGGACGGAAUGGUGCGCCGAGGUGCCGGCCAUGCCCGAGAUGAGCCUCCCCCACCCUGCGCUCCACGCGCCCUCCACGCCGCCUUUGCCCCUCACUCCCAAAUGUGCGCUGCGUAUGGACGAGGACGAGCUGCGGACGCCUCAGAUGACCAACUUUGGCAUCUCGGAGCACACCAUGUGUCUGAACAAUGACUUCACCAUGGAUCUGUUCCGCAAGCACGUCAACAAGCCUCCAGGACCAGCUCAGGACCUCCCGCUGGCACCAGACAUCCCUCAGAUGCUGCACAACCAAGGCAACCUGGCAUCUCCAGAGACGCCCGUGUUUUGCACGCCGGGGUUCAAGAUGAAGAAAACAAACGGUCAUCGCUCCCCGCCGUCGCAAGGGGACUCCCAAUCUCAGGGUGAACCCGACAACCUGGCCACCACCCCUGAGGUCCCGACCUUCAAAACUCCUUACGUGAACCGCCUGGUCAGCACCCAAAAGAGCACGCAGCGUCCCGAGCCCAUCAUCAUGCAACGUGACGACGGCCACACCUUAGAACUUCUGACGCCAUCUCGCAACGGCUCUUGCACCCCCCCACGCCCGUGGGAGUAUGAUGUGCCAGAAUUGCGUAUCGUGGGUGGGGAGGACAAGCAGACGCUGCAGAUGCCCAAGAUGGAGUCCAUUCUGGGCAACAUUUUACUGAGCGGGAGUAGAGCCAUGCCAAAAGAGGCGCAGCCGUUUGACAGCAAGUCAGUGGAGCCGCCUGUCAUGGACAUCAACCAGGAUGGAGGAGCCACGCGGGAGUUCUGCUUGGGCACCCCCCUCACCAGAAGGGAGUUCCGUGACGCCAGCACCCCUGAGAUGCCGGAACUCAGCUCUGUGACGCAGGACAUCUGUAAACUUGUCCUGCAGACUCAAUCCAACGUCCAGCAGAAGAAAGCAGAACCCGCAAGAUGCGUGACUGCCGUCUCUGAGCACGAGUUCCACAGUUUGCCCGCCUUUCUAAAGCAGAUGACCUUGAAGAACCUCAACAAGGCGGUCCGCAACAUGAACAAGUACUUAUCAGAGCAUCCAGGAGACAAGGGGGACUUCCACAUGGAGGAGCUGGAGAAGAUGACCAGCGUUGGGAUCAAGGCCCCCGUCUACGUGCUCUGCUUGAGCGAACUGAAGAGGCUGGAGCAGGUGGGAGGAGUCGGGAGCGCCGCCGUCUACAAACUGGCGUUGUGCAGCUGAGUGUCGUGUCCAAAGCAUCACGUCUUAAUCCUCACCGUUUCCAUCCUUCAUCGUUCAUCAUUCACACCUGGCCGCCAUGAGCCAUGUUGUGGAAACAAGGACUAGACUCCAGGGGUGUUACUUCAUGGCUCCAUGGCUCCAGUAAAGGUACAACUCGUAUUUAGGAAGCCAUUAACAGUACCAGCUUCUCUAUGCUCCAACUACAAACAAUAUUCCAUUAAUAUUCACUCUACUACUACUUUGCAAAAAUUCACUUAUUGUGGAGCCCAUAAACAAAGGAUGACUAAUCUUUCUGGUUUUAGUAAUCCUAAUCCUGAUCAGAUUGUAGAACAAAUGGAAGUAUUUUGUAGAGCAAAUGGUCUUCUGGCUGAGAAUAAAAAUAGAUUCUUUGCACUUUGGUGUUGACAUGGCAACCGUAAAAACCAAUUAGCCUCUUGUGUGCUCUUAAUGAUCCAUCAUAAACCAUCACAACACAUCCCUGUCAAUCAUGCCCCGGACAAUUGGCGUAUUAUUAGGAACAAUAGUGAAGCUCUGAAGACGCUGGUGACCAUUUCCAUAAAAAUACACGUUAGGACUGCAUCAUGUCUGACUUCCUGUUUCACUGCCAGUGGAGAGAUGCUGCAUGAAUGAAGAUCAGCGUCCAGCGGCUGGCUGGACCACAACCAGU